AGCGGCUCCUGUUCCCCUCGGGGAUGCUGGGAAAUGUAGUCGGAGCUGCGGGCUGUCGGAGGCUCUUCCGCUGCAAGAGGUUAAGAUCGCGGCCUUCGUUUCGCUCUGGAAGGACCACACACAAGACCGUGGUAUCUCCCAGCCUCCUCUGCUUCCCCUGCCCUAACUUCUGAAAGAGGGCUGCGGAACGGUGGCCGCAGUCCGGGCCUCCUGGCAGCAGAGCCCCACCCUGACAGGACUUAGCAUUCGUCUACCUUUUCUGCUUCAAGCGGUCGCCGCAUGGACCUCUGUUUCAUGGACCUUGUCAUAUUCUUCUCAGAGUGCCCAGCACAAGGUCAGCAGAGAGGAGUAAUUCAGUGGACCCCCAUCCUCCACCCCUUCACAGUACCACAUGUCCACAGGGGGACCCUCGAAUGUCUCCCCAUCCAUGGGUGCAGCCUGCUGAAACACUCCUUCCAUGAUGGCAGCCUGUUCUCUGGUCACCAGUGAAUCCUGCCAACUACGCCAAUUGUCUUGCCAAUGGGUUUCAGCCCCAGGGAUUCUGCAUCUCUUUGGCUAACUCAGUCAUCCUGCAGGACUCAGAUAAGCCACGUUUAUGUAGAACCCUCUCCAGUCGAGUCUGGGCCUUGGGGACCAUACCUUGUGCUUCCAGAGGACCCUGUUCCCUGUUCAGGCACUUAGCAAUGUGCAGUUUGAAGACAGGCACAGAGGGGUAGGUGCCUGGGCCAGAGUCACAUGACCAGGACAGCGGCAGCUUCUUCACAGACGUGGCCCUUCCCUAGAAGGAGGACAAAAUGACCAAGUUCAAGGAGGCAGUGACGUUCGAGGACGUGGCUGUGGUCUUCAGCGAGGAGGAACUGGGGCUGCUGGACGCCCCCCAGAGGCAGCUGUACCGAGACGUGAUGGUGGAGAACUUCAGGAACGUGGUCUCAGUAGGGCAGCAGUCCUUCACACUGGAUGUCACACCCCAGCUGGAGAGAGAAGAAAAGCUUCGGAUGAUAAAGACAGCAACCCGGAGCCAUAGGUUCUCAGGAGACAAGAAUCUAAAUGACAUGGAGACUCUUCAAGAAGUUCCAUUAAGGUACCUGCCACAUGAAGAGCUUUUCUGCUCACAAAUCUGGCAACAGGUUACAAAGGAGUUAACCAGGUGUCAAGAUUCCAUGGUAAAUACUCAAGGGACUGGAUCUCAGUGGGAAAAACAAGGUGAUGCCUUCUAUAAAGAUGAGGAGUUUGAUAAAGGCUUUAACCAGAGUUCACAUCUUCAAGUUCACCACAGAAACCACAGUGGAGAAAAACCCUACAAAGGGGAAGAUUAUGAGAAAGUUUUUAUUCGGGGCUUUCAUCUUCAAAUUAAGCAGACAGCCCAUGUAGGAGAGAAGCCCUAUAAAUGUGAAAAAUGUAAAAACACCUUCCGUCGGCUUUCAAGUCUUCAAGCCCAUCAGAGAAUCCACAGUAGAGAGAAAUCUCACAAAUACACUACAUCAUGUAAAGGUUUCAAUCAAAAGUCAUUUCUUCAUCAUCCUCAGAGACUCCCCACUGGAGAGAAUCCACACAGAUAUGAGGAGUGUGGAAGGAAUAUUGGGAAAAGCUCACAUUGUCAAGCUCCUCUGAUAGUCCACACAUUAGAGAAGCCGUAUAAAUGUGGGGAGUGUGGACUGAGCUUCAGUCAGAGCGCAUAUCUUCAAGUCCAUCAGAGAGUCCACAUGGGAAAGAAACGUUACAAAUGUGAAGAAUGUGGGAAGGGCUUCAGUUGGCGUUCACGACUACAGGCUCAUCAGCGAAUCCACACUGGAGAGAAACCAUACAAAUGUGAUGCAUGUGGCAAGGGCUUUAGUUAUAGCUCACACCUUAACAUUCAUUGUAGAAUCCACACAGGAGAAAAACCCUAUAAAUGUGAGGAGUGUGGGAAAGGCUUCAGUGUGGGCUCACACCUUCAAGCCCAUCAGAUAAGCCACACUGGAGAGAAACCAUACAAAUGUGAGGAGUGUGGGAAGGGCUUCUGCAGGGCCUCAAAUCUUCUGGACCAUCAGAGAGGUCAUACUGGUGAGAAACCGUAUCAGUGUGAUGCAUGUGGAAAAGGCUUCAGUCGUAGCUCAGAUUUUAACAUUCAUUUCAGAGUCCAUACAGGAGAGAAGCCCUAUAAAUGUGAAGAGUGUGGGAAGGGCUUCAGUCAGGCCUCAAAUCUUCUGGCCCAUCAGAGAGGCCACACUGGGGAAAAGCCAUACAAAUGCAGUACUUGUGGGAAGGGCUUCAGCCGGAGUUCAGAUCUUAAUGUUCAUUGUAGAAUCCACACCGGAGAGAAACCCUAUAAAUGUGAGAAGUGUGGUAAGGCCUUCAGCCAGUUUUCAAGCCUUCAAGUCCAUCAAAGAGUCCACACUGGAGAGAAACCAUAUCAGUGUGUGGAGUGUGGGAAGGGCUUCAGUGUGGGUUCACAACUUCAAGCCCAUCAGAGGUGCCACACUGGGGAGAAACCUUAUCAAUGUGAGGAGUGUGGAAAGGGAUUCUGUCGGGCCUCAAAUUUUCUGGCUCAUCGAGGAGUCCACACAGGCGAGAAACCAUACCGAUGUGAUGUGUGUGGUAAGCGCUUCAGACAGAGAUCAUACCUUCAAGCCCACCAGAGGGUCCACACUGGAGAGAAACCGUAUAAAUGUGAGGAAUGUGGUAAGGUCUUCAGUUGGAGCUCAUACCUUCAAGCCCAUCAGAGAGUCCACACUGGAGAAAAGCCAUACAAAUGUGAGGAGUGUGGGAAGGGCUUCAGUUGGAGCUCAAGUCUUGUAAUUCAUCAGCGAGUCCAUGCUGAUGAUGAGGGUGAUAAGGACUUUCCCUCCUCAGAGAAUUCAUAUAGGAAAGAAGCUCUAUAAAAGUUUAUAUACUAAUACUUAAAAUGGGUGCUGAAAUAGUCCAGUUAUCGGACCUGUUAUAGAAGACAAAACACUUGUUUCAUAAAAGAGUAAGCGAAAGCUUGGCAUUUCACAUGGUUCGGUGGCCACACAGCAGAGAAACCUUGUGAGUGGACACAUAAGGAUUUGAUUCAGAACCUUGAUGUUUAGCAGACAUACACAGAAGAGAGGCUUAGGAAGGACGGGUGCGAUCUGGAGUUAACCAGAAGUACUAAGGUGGAAAUGUCAAAUCUGUUCCAUUAGAAGAUAAGCUCCAAGAGUGUAGGGAUUUUGCUGACUGCCAAAUCUACUCUGUUCGGUGCCUAACACCUUGUAGGUGUUCAGUAAUGGUAAAUGAGUAAAUGGGAGAAGAUCAUUUGAUAUUUGUAUUCAGUUUAUCUCAAAUUUCUAUAAAAUGUACUUAGAAGAGGAAUUCUGCCAGGCUCAGAGGACAUUUAAAUUAGACACACGAGCUCAUUUUCCCAACCCUGAAGGUCCUGUGAACUACUACUUAUCAACCUUUAGUGGGUCCAGAAAUCAAUUCAGUGGGUUGUGACCAGCACUCCCAUAAACUGUUGUAUGCUAACAAUACUUUAUUGAGGUAUAAUUUGUAUGCAAUAACAUGGCUAAAGCUCAAGUUUACAGCUUCAUGAAUUUUGACAUGUAUACACUUGUGUAAUUAUCAGCAAGAUGAAUGUAUACAGUAUUUCUGUUAAACCAGAAUGUUUCCUUGUGUACAUUUCCAGUCAUUCUCACCUCCAGUGGCAAAAAGUAUUAGAUGUCUAUACCACAUAUCACAGGUUUGUUCUUGAGCCUCAUAUGGGUUCAGUAUGUACUCAUGUCUGAAUCCUUUGGAUCAAAUAUGUGAUCAUGAGUAGAUUCAGAGGGCGCUUGACAGAAUUCAGUAUCCAUUCAUGAUAAUUUCUCAGUGAAAUAAAAGGCCUCUGGAAAUUCUA